UCGUCCUUCAUCCGACGCUCCUUCAGUGAAGACACAGCUCCAGAUUCAGAAGAGGGUGAUACAGGGUGUGGUUGCUCUGGCCUGAAUCGUGGAAAUACCAAGAAGAUAGACAAAUCCGGCGGUGAAGUGAAUGAUCAUCAUGGAGUUGAACAACACGACGAGGAACAUGCGAAUGAAUCUCCGGCUGACAAGUAUAAAGAAGAGAAAAACGUGUAUCCAAGAACCAACCAAAUGUCUUAUAUAAAAGGCGGCACGUUUACGAUGGGCACGGAUACACCGGGUGUACUCUUCGAUGGGGAAGGUCCUGCCAGGAAAGUAAAACUCGACCCAUUUUUUGCCGACAAGUAUGAAGUCAGUAACAGGGAAUUUCAGUUGUUCGUCGAUGAUAAAGGUUAUGUAACAGAGGCUGAGAACUUUGGUGACUCCUUUGUUCUAGAGGCAAGAGUGAGCGAAAAAACAUUGAGUACUGUAACAGAAGUUGUUGCACAGACACCAUGGUGGUUAAAAGUUAUUGGUGCAGAUUGGAAACAUCCAGAAGGACCUGACACAAACAUAACAGACAGAAUGGAUCAUCCAGUACUUCAUGUAUCUUGGAAUGAUGCAGUAGAGUUCUGUAAAUGGAUUGGUAAAAGACUACCUACAGAAGCAGAGUUUGAAUAUGCAUCCAGAGGUGGAAAGGAAAAUAGAACAUACCCAUGGGGGAACCGUUUAAGACCAAAUGGUAAAUGGUUGAUGAAUGUAUGGCAGGGUGUGUUUCCAACUGAAAAUUCAGCUGAAGAUGGAUUUGCAGGAACAUCACCGGUGAUGGCAUAUCCACCGAAUGGUUUUGGAUUACAUAAUAUGGUUGGUAAUGCAUGGGAAUGGACCAACGAUUGGUGGGGUACAAGUCAUACUGCUGAUCUUUAUGUUAAUCCAAAAGGUCCAGCAUCAGGCAUAGAUAAAGUAAAGAAAGGUGGUUCCUACAUGUGUCAUGCAUCAUACUGUUAUCGUUAUCGUUGUGCAGCUAGAAGUCAGAAUACACCCGAUAGUUCUGCAUCUAAUUUAGGAUUCCGCUGUUUUGCUGAUAUUGACAAGCCACCAGCAGGUGUUGAGAUAGAAAAUAUGCCGAAAUAAACAACUUUGAUUUUCUGCUGCUAACCUGCUUUGCUAUUUUUCAGUCUAAACUUGUGCCUCUCUCAGAUUUGUAUCUUUUCAUUUUUUUUUAACUUGACUUCAACAGUUUAUUACUAUGUUCUAUACAAUCUAAGAUGCUAGCCAGGUGAGAUGAUCUGCAUAACACUAUUCCAUUGUUUUGUUAUUUUGCAUGUCAACAAAGUGAAAAAGAAUAUGUGUUGCCCAAUACACCAGUAGCUGGGUCACCUAUCAAAACCCCUUGUGAAGUAGCUGAAUAUAUGAGAUAACACACACAAAUUGAAACAUGUUUUUUCUCUUUAACUAAGCCAUUCAUAAAUUUUCACUAAUUAGUACGCUAUAAUUUUGCUUCCAAUAGUCAGUCCAGGAAACUUUUCUCAAGAAUGUAAAUAAUCCUUAGAAAGUGCACUUUUGUACAACUACUAAUUAUGCCAUUAUCUUGUAAAAUUGAUAAUAUUUAUCAGAUUUCGUUCCAAAAAGUAGUACAAAUUGCUAAAUAUACCAGUUUUUAAGAGUGCUUAACUGAAGUUGACUUGAGAGUUGGGAGUUCUCAAUUAAAAACUUGAAUAAGUAUUUACAUUCAGUUUUUGAAAAUGAAUAUUACAUAAUUAUAUUAUUGUUAUGAUUUACUAGCACCUUAAUCUACAAAGAUAAGAUGCCAAGUAUGUAAGUUGUGGGAUACUAGUACUUCACAUUUAGUGGUAAAAUACGAUGCAUGUCUUGCUGGUAUAUAGGGUUGGGAGUACUGUACGAGCCUAAUUCUGUCUUCACAUGUCAUAUGUCUUCCAUUUCUAAUAUUCAGUUACCAACAAUAACUUAAAGUUGGUAGGUAUAUGCAUUACUAAAUUAUAUUUCUGCUAUGCUAUAAUGAUUAAUGCAAGCCAAAAACAAGGCUUGUUUUUGUUGUAUUUGACAUUAAAAUAUAAUCUAAUUAGUGCUUUUACUUCUUGAACAUGUAUAUAACAGGUAUAGUGAGGCAAUCACAGGCAAUCAUGCAAUCACAGGCAAUCAUGCAAAAUGCCGGUUUUGAAAGACUGUUUAUUUGUUAGAAAUGGUUGUAAAAUCUUUUUGGUCUUUUUCUUAUAACUUAUUAUUAUUGGUAUAAAAUACAGAAAACAAAAAUAUUACUUUAUUUUCAGUAGGAAUUAUAAAUCUGUCACAAAAAGGCCAGUGUAGCAGCUUUCAUCAUUCAAAAUAUCAAAUCAUAUCUUUUUGGUCUUUUUAGCAAUGAAUUAUGAUGGAUCACAUAAAUUUCUUAAAAUAUGAGUUUAAUAUAACCAAAUAUUGGUGGCAAUGAAGAGAAGAUGAUGAAGUUUAAUCUGUAGCAUAUCUGCAGGGAGUAUAGUAAACCUGAUAAUACUGAUUGGUGUUCCUUUCAGUCUGUUAUGUUGCAAUAAGGGCUUAAUAUUUGGCUUUUGAAUCUUAUUGUCUGGAACAAUUUAGAGAUUAUCUCUUAAAUCUUCACAAAUGGUGCAAUAAUAAUACAAGAUUUAUGCCAGUGGGUUUGUACAUUACGAUCAAUAAAUAUAGUAUUAGAUAAAA